AUGGUGAACUAUGCGAAUUUUGACCAAUUUGGUCUACUGUACCUUUUGAUGGCGCCGUUGGUUCUGCAGCCGUUUUUCUCGAGUCUUCUCUCGCCUCACAUCAACGACGACUCCGUUCAUGGAUACGUCGACGAGGAGUUCCACGCAGUUCGAGACGCUUUUCAGUGAGGCUUUUUCGAAAUUGAAAUGGGAAAUUUUCGGUUUUUCUGAUACUUUUUUACGGUAAAAACAGCUUUCUUUAUCUCGAUUUGGGAAAUUUAUUGGAAACAAAUCCUUUUUACAAAGUAAUUUUGCUGUAAAAAUUUUUCGAGCUGUCAUAAUUUCAAUUAAAAAUCUAUCUAUCUCUGAUAAUUCAAUUUUUUUAGCAAGAAAUAGAAAAAAAGUUUGUCUGCUCGCAACAAAGUCAAAAAAAGUCAUAAAAAGAUAAACCAUUUUUUUUGGCUGAGUCUGAAUUUCCCUUCUUAUUUUUUUUUUGAGGUAUCCUGAAGAGUUCAUGUAAACCGAUAUUUUCUCACAGUAAAGUUUGAUGCUCCCUUGUUUUGCACCGUUUGAGAAAUAGUUCAUUUUUUCAGUUUCCUUUGACCUUAUCUGCAAAAUAAGACUGACAUCAAAACAUACUAUUUGACUUUCGGUGUGUAUUUUGAGAGAGACCUUUGAUAUUUUGAAAUUUCCCCGGCUGUAGUCUAACAAAACCUGUGAGCGAGUAGCUCUUGACUUUGAAGUAACCUAGAAGUUGUAUAUGUCUAGCAAAAGUCCGCUCGAAGAAUAACUCCUUUUCAACUUUUUUAGAAGUCAUAAAAUACAAGAAAAUGUCAACGACAGUUUUUUUUCGCAUAGUUUCAGAGAAAAGAUCAGGGAAACUCAUAGAAAACUCCAGAAAACUUUUGUUAAUUUCGAAAUCCUCCAGACGAAACUUUGGCGAAGGCCUGGAACGCGAAGGGGCAGCUUUCGCCGUCUACAGACACGGCCGUCGUGUCGCACACUUGUGGGGCGGCUUCGCCGACGGCGAAUCUAACCGAAAAUGGAAGCCGACAACCCGAUCGGUACUCUUCUCCGCCACCAAGGUUGGUUCCGAAAGAUUGCUUUUGAAUGAUCAAUAAUCAGAUGGAAACAUGAAAUCAUAGGUGUUUUGCACCGACAGCUUGAAAUUUGUUUGCUUCUCGGCACGCUUAUUAUUAUUUUUUCUUCAUUGAGGUGGUUCUGUUGGUUUUCUGCUUUUUUCAUUUGAUUGGUAAUACUUUAAGAACCAAAAAAAGCUCAGAAAAGUUUCACCAAACAGAGGAAAAACGUUAAUUUCCUCUGAAAAAUAUAACCUAGUUAUACCUUUUUUUGACUAGUUUAAAGAAAAAGUUAGAAAAAAAAACACGCGAGAGAGCGCAGACAAGCUAGACGGUUUCAAGUCGGGGUGAAUGAAGUAUGAAAUUUUUUCAGGCGAUCGCUUCACUAGUUAUCGCAACGUUAGUGGACCGAGGAUUGAUCGAUUAUGAAGAUCGGGUUGUAACUCAUUGGCCAGGCUACGGUCAGUACGGUAAAAACUCGACGACUAUUGAAGACGUCCUCAGUCAUAAGGUUUUUUUUAAUUCGUUGAAACUUGAAAGCCGUGAAAGCUGGCAAAAUGAUCCAAAAAGUAGAUUUUGAGCCUAUUUUAGUUUUCAUCCAGACCUUCUGGGUUUUUUUGAAGGACUUAAUUAUUAGGUUCCAAAACUCAUACAAAAUAGACCUCCCUUGUUAGCCAUUCCACCUGCGACCACGGCGAGCUAUUUUUCGAAUAAAUUUUCGAUUAAGGCCGGAGUUCCUUAUCUUGACGAAGACGUGCUCAUGGAUGAUGUGAUAGGAGGACUCUCUUUACUGGAAAAAGUGGAAAGAACGAAGCCUCUGUGGAUGCCUGGUGAGUCUGAUUUAAGAUGCGCCCGACUCAAACCAACCUUCGCGCCUAGGCAUAUUAAAGCAACUCUCAUUUUGACCAGGUCUUUCAACGGGUGUACCCGUGAGACCUUUUGAGUCUCAGUUAUGUUGAAACGGGAGAAAAACGGGAGCAAAGAAUAUUAAGUGACCCAGCCGUGCUAAAACGGUGCUUCGGCGGGAGUAGAACACUAAAAAAAUUGUCAAGUAGACCUCAAAUUUUUGAGCCAUUCCAAAUGCGACCACGAAUUUUCAAGCGAACUUUUCAGGUACUGCAAGUGGAUACCACGCUGUAACUUUCGGCUUCAUUGUCGAUGGAAUCGUCAGAAAAGUGGAUCCGAAAGGACGAAGUCUCAAGACAUACUUCCAGGAAGAAAUCGCAGAACCUCAUAGUUUGCCCAAAAUUGACUUCUUUACAAAAAAAGCAUUUUCUUGCAGAUCUGGAUAUUUCAAUAGGUGUCGAGAAAAAAGAGGCCCCAUUUCUGGCUCGAAUUACAAUGCCCUCAAUGUGGGAAUAUGUUAGAGACAUCUUCAAGGUAUCGUAUUAGAAAAAAAGCCAGAACAUAUUUUAUUUCCAGGAUCCAAAAAUCCUAGUAAUGCUAGGUCUGAUGCAUUUUCGGUUCGACACAAUCGUCCACAGGAUCAAGGAAAAUCCGAAAUGGCUCAUCGCUAAUUAUGUUGGUUUCUUUUUUUAUUUGAGGUUUUUCAAAGUUUCUUCAUGAAAGAUAACUCAGGAAAAAAAGUUUGGAAAAAAAUUUUUUUGAGGUUUUUAUUUAUUUACUAAAAUGGAUGGUUGGAAUGGGUAGUCUCAGCCCAUACUAUGAAAAAAAUUAUAUAUAUUUUUCUUUUUUUAAUUUCUAGAAAAAAAGUUUUUAAUAUUCCCCAUUCUUGUUCAAUGCAAAUUGACUAAAGAAUGAUUCAGAAAUUCAGGAUUUUUGUUGUUUGAAUAAAACGAGUUUUUUAAAUUUCGAAUUAUUUAAAAGAGCUUCAAAUUCUAUUUUGCUUUUGACAUCACUUUCGCGUUUCUGAUCCUCUUCAAACUCCAGGCGGUAAUUAAUUUUCAUUGGGUCGUGUGCUAAGAGUAAUUUAUUAAUAAUCCAUAUAUGCAAAUCGAAGAAAGUUAUCAAAAAAUUUUCGAAAAAAUUUGGGACUAGUAGAAGACGUAAGGUCACGGCGGGGAUAGAACUUGUGACCAUGUGCACCGUAGACAAGAACACAACCUGUUGCGCUACGGUGCGCCGCUUAUAGUUGACGUAAUGAAUAAUAUCAUUCUAAUUUUUCUGUUCCUUGACGGUUUUUUUCUUGCCAGAGAUUUGAACUUUCAGGACACGAUGUCAUUAAAUGAUCCGGACGUCGUUUCUCUGCCUCUGCCGGCUGUGACUGGAGUGUCUUCGGCCGACGACCUCGCCCGUCUUUUCUCCCUUGCCAUUCACGGCGAAAUUCUCUCGAACAUGACCCUGACGACCUUGGCUGAGCCAACUUUGAACAGUUGGCACCUGGAGAAAGUCACAAUUUGGCCUGUCAUGAAGGGUCAUGGCUUCUUCUACGAACGACACCCGCUCAUUCCAGUGAGAUCAUUGAUUUUUUGAAAGAAGAGAAUGGAACUUUAUUCUUCUUCCAGGCUUUUUUAUCCUAAAUAUCUUGUCUGCAGCUAUUUUUUCAUAGUUAUGUUCUUUUUUUUAAUAUAAUCUCUUACUUUUCAUCAAUUUUUUUUUUCCAGGGAGCCUUCACGUUCGGUCAUCCUGGCUAUGGCUGUCAGUUCGUCCACGUCGAUCCCAAGAGCGGAAUUUCUUUGGCUUAUGUGUCCAACGGACUUAAAACGGGUUCCGGCGAGUUGUGUGGUCCUUACACGAGGCUCCUCAGAGCCACUUACAACUCCAUCCGGUAUAUUUGA